AUGGCAAAUCAAACUGUCACAGAAACGGAAUAUAUUCGUGAUACCAAUCCACAGGAUUUGGUGGAAAAAAUUGUGCAGUCGAGAAUUUUAAACUGUACAUUUUGGAAAGAGGAAUGUUUUGGCCUCACAGCAGCACUGCUCGUCGACAAAGCUAUCAAAUUAAGAUUUAUAGGUGGUGUUUUUGGUUGCAAUGCUCAACCAACCCCCUUCAUAUGCCUUGUUCUCAAGAUGCUCCAGUUGCAGCCAGAGAAAGAUAUAAUUGUUGAGUUUAUAAAAAACGAAGACUAUAAGUAUGUUCGAGCCUUGGGGGCGUUCUACAUGCGUCUCACACGGACAGCUUUUGAUUGCUAUAGGUAUUUAGAACCUCUGCAAGCAGAUUACAGAAACGUAUGUGAGCGCAAUGGUGAAGGAGAAUUCAAAAUUAUCACAAUGGAUGAGUUCAUCGACAACUUGUUCAAAGAAGAAAGAUCAUGUAGUGUACUUCUUCCCAGACUACAACUAAGACACGAUUUAGAAGAAAACAAUAAAAUAGAACCCAAAGUAUUUGUAAUAGAUGUUGAUAUGCAUGAAAAUAUUAACAGUUCUGAAGAUGACUAUAUUCCAUCAGUUAUGAUUAAUAAAAAGAGGAGGAUAUGA